AUGGCGAUUCUGUACGCACUCGUGGCGCGUGGGACGGUGGUGCUCGCAGAAUUCACAUCGACGUCAACGUCAACGAACGCGAGCACGAUCGCAAAACAGAUCCUGGAGAAGGUCCCUGGGAACAACGACAUCAACGUCUCAUAUUCUCAGGAUCGCUACGUCUUUCACGUUAAGCGUACCGAUGGCCUCACCGUUCUCUGUAUGGCCGAGGAAACCGCCGGAAGGAGGAUUCCAUUUGCAUUUCUGGAGGAUAUUCAUCAGAGGUUCGUAAGGACUUAUGCCAGGGCAGUUCAUACAGCACAAACUUAUGCAAUGAACGAGGAGUUCUCAAGAGUUCUAAGUCAACAGAUUGAGUAUUACUCUAAUGAUCUUAAUGCCGAUAGAAUCAAUCGGAUCAAGGAUGAAUUGAAUCAGGUGCGGGAUGUCAUGAUAGAGAACAUUGACAAAAUUGUAGACAGAGGUGAACGUUUGGAGCUUCUUGUCGACACAACUGCUAAAAUGCAGGGGAGUGCAUCCCGUUUCAAAGACAAAGCUCGCCGUUUAAGAAUCACCGAGUGGUGGAGGAAUUGCAAGCUCACGUACGUUUCCUUUAUACCAUAA